AUGGAGCAGCAGGCAGUUCAGCUGGACCGAGAAACUUUCUCCUGUCCGAUCUGUUUGGAUCUUCUGAAGGAUCCAGUGACAAUUCCCUGUGGACACAGCUACUGUAUGAACUGUAUUAACACCCACUGGGAUGAACAGGAUAAGAAAGGUAUGUACAGCUGCCCUCAGUGCAGGAAAACCUUUAUACCGAGGCCUGUCCUGGAGAAAAACACCAUGCUAGCAGCUUUAGUUGAGGAGCUGAAGAAGACUGGACUCCAAGCUGCUCCUGCUGAUCACCGCUAUGCUGGACCUGAAGAUGUGGGCUGUGAUUUCUGUACUGGAAGAAAACUGAAAGCCAUCAAGUCCUGUUUGGUCUGUCUGGCCUCUUACUGUGGGAAACACCUUCAGCCUCAUUAUGAUGUGGCUCCUUUAAAGAAACACAAGCUGGUGGAGCCGUCCAAGAACCUCCAGGAGAACAUCUGCUUUAAGCACAACACAGUGUCAGCUGCAGCAGAAAGGACUGAGAGGCAGAGAGAGCUGGAGGAGAGACGAGGAAACAUCCAGCAGAGAAUCCAGGACAGAGAGAAAGAUGUGAAGCUGCUUCAACAGGAGGUGGAGGCCAUCAAUCACUCUGCUGAUAAAACAGUGGAGGACAGUGAGAAGAUCUUCACUGAGCUGAUCCGUCUCCUCCAGAAAAGAAGCUCUGAUGUGAAGCAGCAGAUCAGAUCCCAGCAGGAAACUGAAGUGAGUCGAGUCAAAGAUGUUCAGGAGAAGCUGGAGCAGGAGAUCACUGAGCUGAAGAGGAAAGACGCUGAGCUGGAGCAGCUCUCACACACAGAGGAUCACAACCAGUUUCUCCUCAACUACCCCUCACUGCCAGCACUCAGUGAGUCGACACACUCAUCCAGCAUCAACAUCCGUCCUCUGAGACACUUUGAGGACGUGACAGCAGCUGUGUCAGAGCUCAGAGAGAAACUACAGGACGUCCUGAGAGACUCAUGGACAAACAUCUCACUGAUGGUCACUGAGGUGGAUGUUCUACUGUCAGGACCAGAACCAGAACCAAAGAGCAAAUCUGACUUUGUAAGAUAUGCAUGUAAAAUCACAUUGGAUCCAAAUACAGCUCACACACAGCUGGCACUAUUAGAAGGGAACAGGAAGGUGACAUUGAUGAAUCAACCUCAGUCUUAUUCUAGUCAUCCAGACAGAUUCACUGGUUGUUGUCAGGUUCUGAGCAGAGAGAGUCUGACUGGACGUUGUUACUGGGAGGUGGAGUGGAGCGAGAGAGGAGGAUUUGUAGCUGUUUCAUACGAUAAUAUCAUCAGAGCAGUAGGUGGGAAUGAAUGUGCAUUUGGUCGGAAUCACAAAUCUUGGGCUUUGGAUUGUUACCAGAAAAAAUAUACAUUUUUUCACAAGAACAUCAGAACUCCUGUCUCAGGUCCAGUUUCCUCCAGAGUGGGAGUGUUCCUGGAUCACAGAGCAGGAAUUCUGUCCUUCUACAGCGUCUCUGAAUCCAUGACUCUGAUCCACAGAGUCCAGACCAGAUUCACUCGGCCGCUACAUGCUGGGAUUUGGAUUUAUUACACCAAAGACGCUGCAGAGUUCUGUAAACUCAGAUAGACUGGGUUUGAAUUUCUCUGUGUUGAAUUUUACUGACGUGUUUUUUUAUUGCUGUUUUAUGCAUUUGUUUGUACUUGAACUAAGAAAAAAAUUGUAGAGAGUCACUUUCGUCUAUUGUUAAAAUUUUUGUACCGUACAUGUUAUUUUAUCAUGUUUGGAAAUUCCAAGCAAAUGUUUUCAUUGCUGCUGUCUGGGAUUUCCAAACUUUUCAGCCUUGUGACUUAAAGUAACAUUGCAAAAGAUUGGUGACCUUGUAAAAUACUUAUAGUUAUUCAAUUGUAUAUGUUUAUAAAUGAAUUUAUUUUAUAAAAAUUAUUUU